UUAUUCUGAAACUAAUAGUUUGAUUUAAUAGCAAUAAAAUACGUGUGUGAAAAAAAUUGAAAUGCGAGCAGUGUUCGUCAUCCUUGUCGGCGUAGUAACGCUGGCUAGCUCUAGUCCUAUCUGGAAUCCAGACAAGUGCCCCUUGAGUGAUAAUCCAAACAAGCCGACUCAUCUUGCGCACGAAACCGAUUGCUGUUUGUUUUACACGUGUAACUUUGGAUGGGCUCACCUACAGUCAUGUCCACCGAAUCAACAUUUUCAUGUUGGAUUGCAACGAUGUGAACAUCCGUUUACGGUUGGAUGCCAUUUACCAGUAUCAUCAUGUACAGGUGCUAUACCUACUCCACCACCCACCCCAGCACCUACUCCAGUACCAACUCCGGCACCUACCCCAGCACCUACCCCGGCACCUACUCCUGCACCUACUCCAGUAACUACUCCCGUGACUAGCCCAGCUACAACUCCAACCACACAUUGGACCACAGUUCCGACAGCACCAACUCCGUCUUCCACAGUACCUUCAAUAACAACCACGGAAUUAAUACCUACGGCACCCACCCCAGGACCAAUAGUCCCUUCCGCACCAACACCGGGAACUGGAACGACGACUACGACGAAUGCGGUUCCGACUGUUGAAACCGUAACUCCUCCAACGGCCGAAACCAUGAUGGAGUUCGAAUAAUUAAAUUAGCUCAUUGGAAUUCGAGAUGUACUUUCAACUCGGAUCAUUAUUGCAAGUUAUAUCAAUAAACAACAGCAUACCUAACUUGAGCAAUAUUGAUAGUGUUCCAAGUUGAAAUAUGUCAUCUUCCUCAUAGUUAAAUCCACACAAAUACUAAAUCGUAAAAAAAUGUGCCGCAAACCUCUGUUACUUGUAUCAGCAAAUUCAUCAAACUUAUUUAUUAGUACCCUAUCAAACGAUAAGAUAUUGUAUAUGUUAUCGAGAUAAUUUAUUGUACUCAACCGCGUCAUAUCACUGACUGUUGGACAUUAAAUAAAUUUCAACAAUACUAGUUGAACAUUGUCUGGAUUAACGAUUGCUAAUUUCGCAGCUUAUCAUGAGCGAAUUUUAACAACCACCAUACCGAACGCAACCUGUUUUUACAAAGUUGUCCUUAAUUAUACGAAACCGAGUCGAGAAGGAAACCC